AUGGCCGUCUCGCAAUGCACGCGGCAAGGCAACUCGGACAUCUACGGCCUCGGCAUCCGCAUCGGCCUCUAUCUGCAAUGGAUCGCGACGGUGAUUGCCACGGCGUUUGUCCCCGACCAGAUGCUGGAAACAACCACCGCCAACACAGUGUUUGUGAUCGCCUUCUCCGUCGUCACGUUCGCCCUGUGCGGUGCGGCCGCUGACACGCCCGCCGCAGACAUGGUGAUCGUGCUGGACAUCUACGCCGUGUCCAUCUACGCGCUGUACCCCCUGUCCUGGAUGGGACGCCGUUUCGUCCCCAGCCGGAGCGAUUUCCGCCAGAGCUCGGCCCUCGGGGAGUUGAUCAAGGCCGUCCUGACCAACUGCAUGGCAGUCGUCAACGUGUGGUUCUGGUUUCGCGGCAUCGACGGCUUUGCGUCCUCACCCUGCGGCACCACCGUCACGUUCGUCUUCGCGAAGCUGGACGUGGACGGACACGCGGUGCGGACAGUAUUCCGGGUUAUGUCCUGUCUGUUGCUGUAUUUCUCUGUCUGGUGCACCUUGGCGCUGGUGGUUCUGCUGCUGGUCGUCGCCCCUGCGACAACGGUGUAUAUCCUGUGCCGGAAGAAGACGCUGCGCAGCGUCGUCCGCUUCUACCGGAGUCAAUCGAGGAACGAAUCCCGCGUGCGAACCUUCAGACGAGUGCUUGCGGCGGCCGACACGGUCGUUUUCGCGCUUGCAAUCGUCGACAUCGAAUUGACCAUCGCGUGGAACUCGAUCUCGAGCGUCUAUGAUCUCCGGUCUACGGGGCAGAUCAUCCUGCUGGUGAUUGGCAUCGCGACGAUGCUGAACCUGUUGUGGAGUGCGGCGUUGGCAGGAUUGAAAGACAAUGCCAAAGAAGAAACGAAGGCAGUCAAGGCUGGAAAACAUACGACGAGACUUGCGCAGUUGAGCAGGGAAAUCGUCCUAACCAAUCCAGCAACGAUUCCACAGAAGCAGAAAUAA